GUUGGAUCUUCCAUGGGCGUUUUCUCCUUCCCGUAAACUAAUUUUGCUGCGUUACUUUCCUUUGCUAUCAACCAAAAGUUCUUCCCAUCCGUUAAACCUCGAUUAAUCGCAUCAAUUCCUUCUUUCACUUUCGUUGUCUCGUUACGGUUCAAUUGGUACACUUCAAGCUAGGGUUCCAAUCCGUACCGGGACAAGACUAUGAAGCCGAUACGGCUUCCGGAGCCGCCGAGCCCCACCUUCGGCGGCGGCGUGACCGAUAUCUUCGAAGUCGGCUUCUCCGGCGCCACCGUCCGCCGCGCCGUCGUCAUUGGAACCGGAUUCCCCGGCUCCGAGAACCAGAGCUUGGGUUUGGUUCGCGCCCUUGGCCUCGCUGACAAGCACGUCUUAUACCGGGUAACAAGGCCAAGAGGAGGAAUAAAUGAGUGGCUGCAUUGGCUGCCAGUUUCACUUCACAAGAAGUUGGAUUAUCUCAUAAAGCAGAUAGUUUUGUUGACAUCCCGGGGGAAGAAACUUGCGCCUCUGCCUUCCGAAAACGGUGGUGGCCGCGUAGGCUUGUUGUCUGUUUUAGAAGCCGAUGCAAAGCAGAUUGUUGCCAUGGCUCGCGAGACAUAUGAAAAGGAUGGGCCUUUAUUGGUGGUUGCUUCUGGUAGAGAUACCAUAUCUAUUGCAAGUUCCAUAAAACGUGUAGCAUCACAAAAUGUUUUUGUUGUUCAGAUACAACAUCCAAGGUCAAAUUUGGAUAGGUUUGACUUGGUGAUUACUCCUCAUCAUGAUUAUUAUCCUUUGACUCCUCAUGCACAGGAGCAGGUUCCCAAGUUUCUUCGUAGGUGGAUAACUCCGCGUGACCCUCCUGACAGACAUGUGGUCCUCACUGUGGGAGCUCUGCAUCAAAUAGAUUCUGCUGCUCUUCGUAGUGCAGCUAGUGCGUGGCAUGAUGAGUUUUCACCCCUGCCAAAGCCCCUUCUAGUUGUCAACAUCGGAGGACCUACACGCCACUGUCGAUAUGGUGCGGACCUUGCAAAGCAGUUAAUAACCUGUCUGCUCAGUGUUCUUGUAAGUUGUGGGAGCGUCAGAAUAUCUUUCUCAGAUAGGACUCCUGAAAAGGUAUCUUAUGUCAUAACCAAGGAGCUUGGAAAUAAUCCAAAAGCUUACAUUUGGGAUGGUCAAGAUCCAAACAUGCAUAUGGGGCAUCUUGCUUGGGCUGAUGCUUUUGUUGUCACGGCAGAUUCAGUCAGUCUGAUAAGUGAGGCUUGCAGUACUGGGAAGCCUGUAUAUGUUAUAGGAGGCGAGCGUUGUACGUGGAAAUUAUCAGAUUUCCAUAAAUCCUUGAGGGAACGAGGAGUAGUUCGGCCAUUUACAGGAUCUGAGGAUAUAUCAGAGAGCUGGAGCUAUCCGCCUCUUAAUGAUACUGCAGAAGCAGCUAGGCAGGUGCAUGAAGCACUUGCUGCACGCGGAUGGAGAUUGCGGCCAUAGAAAACCCAUAAUUUGUUGUUGUAAGCACACUAUUCAAUUGUUGCUUAAAAAGGUGUAGCCAUUGAAGAAUUGGGUUUCUUCACUAGCACGUAUAGGAACUACAGUUACAAGCAUUCAUAGCUUUUGAAUACGAUUCUUUCUCCCCAUGGACUAUUGAAGUAUGCAGAAUAAAAAGGCUUCUUGUAUUAUUGCGGCUUGUAAAAUAGGAAGAGAAACAAGCAUGUCUUUUUUGCACCUCUACUAAAAGUCCUAUUUAUAGGUGGUUUUGAUUAAGAGAUAUGUUGUGGUGACAAUAUGUUUGUAAAUAAAUUGGUUAUUCAAUGCCAAAGUCUUUCUAUA